AUGGCAUCUGGCCAAGAGAAGGAUAUGGCAAGGGAGGAAGGGCCCACUGCACCUAAUGAGAUGGUGAACAAUGCUGCUGAGAUUGACCUCAAUCAAGAUGAGGCAAUGGCUGACAUUGAGUUGGAUGAUAUUGAGGACUUGGACCUGGACCUUGGAGAUGAGCAUAACCAUGGUGAAGCUGAGAACCAUGAUGAAGCUGAGCACCAUGGUGAAGCUGAGAACCAUGGUGGCGCUGACAACCUUGGGGAAGAGGAUAACACCGGUGGAAAUGAGGCCACUAGUGAUGAAAAUGACUUCACUGAGGGUGAAGGCACGACUUAUCCUAUCUCCGAGGAGAUUGUUCGACUCCAGGCUAAGGUGGCAACUCAGAAUAUCACCAUCCUGCAGCAGCAGACGUCCAUUGAUGGACUCAAGAAGCACACUCAGAACCUCGAGGCUAGACUGAGCAUUACCAUGAAGGAGGUUACAGAGUUCCGUCGCAGCCUGGGCACUAAAAAACGCCAAAUUGAGUGGCUUCUGAAGACUUGCAAGAAUCUGCAAGCAUCGUGCAACAAGUUCAAUGAGCAGUUGACACAUCUUAGGAGAGAGGGUAUUUACGAACCUCCUCCUGUGCGUAGGACGGAGGUGCAGCCUUGGCUCGACCUGGUGGAUUCCACCAUGAUCCUUGCAAAUGUGCGCCCCGAGGCUCGCGUCACUGCAGCUACUCGUGCGUUGGACGAGGUGGCCCGCAGGGCUGUGUAUGGUGCUAAGAAGCAGGCACAGGGACCGUUUGAAUGGCCGGAGUUCUGCAUCGCGCUGAAAGAGGCAUUCAUGGUCAAAAAGUCCGACCUGGAACUGCGCGGACGCCUUGAGCGUAUCAAGUGUCAUGACCGUUCGGUGCAGGAAUAUGCGGUCGAGUUGGAGGCCGCAGCACGCUUGCUCCAAAAGCCCUUGGCUGAGGAGGAGAUGAUGCACAUCUUCAUGAAGGGCCUCCCUGUCAACCUGCAGCAGGCACACAUGACCGGCGGCAUGACCAAUUGGACGACUUACAAGGAGAUGAAGAAGCAGGUGAUCAAAACCGACAACAUCAUUCGCACGUACAUUUUUGGCCUCGAAAAGACAAGCCUGCAGCCCCGUUCUGAGGGCUCUGGUGGUCAUGGGAACCGGCCCCAGAAUGCGAAGGGUGGAAGCGGUUGGAACAAAAGGCCUUUCCAGCAGCGUGAUCACCAGCCUGGCCCACAGGCCAAGAGGCCUAACGGAGGGGGAGGUCAUGGACCUAACAAGCCGGACUUCUCCAACAAGCAGUGCAAAGGCUGUGGAAGGAUGGGGCACAUCAUAAAGCAAUGCCGUGAUAAGAAUGCUAUCAAGUAUUCUGGGAAGCCUAAGCCAGGCGGAGCUGGACCUUCUGGAAAGAAGGAUUUUCAUAAGCCCAACUAG